ACCGGCAGCCUUUGUAUUUUACUUGGUCAGUAAGCAACAUGGAGAGUAUGUUACGGUUCAUGAAACUUGUUGGACAGUUAAAGCGUGUUCCGAGGACUGGUUGGGUUUACCGGAACAUUAAGCAACCCGAAAGUGUGUCUGAUCACAUGUAUAGGAUGGCGAUGAUGGCACUAACACUCCAAGACCCCAGUAUAAACAGAGAGAAAUGCAUGAAGAUGGCUUUAGUUCAUGACCUGGCUGAGUGCAUUGUAGGAGACAUUGCUCCAGCCGACAACAUCAGCAAAACAGAGAAACACCGAAGAGAAAAGGAGGCGAUGAUUCACAUCACAGGCCUGCUAGAUGAAGAUCUGCGUAAGGAGCUGUACCAGUUGUGGGAGGAGUAUGAGAGUCAGUCGAGUCAGGAGGCCAGGGUGGUGAAAGAGCUGGACCAGCUGGAGAUGGUCCUACAGGCUCAUGAGUAUGAGGAGCUGGAGGGUAACCCAGGUCGGCUGCAGGAGUUCUUCAACUCCACUGAAGGCCGUUUUCAUCAUCCAGAAGUCCUAGCACUGGUGCAGAGCAUAAACAAGGAAAGAGCAGGUCAUAUGACCAAAGCAGCAGAGACUGGAUCAGAGAAACCAGCAGAACAGACCCACCCCACGGCAACGACAGUCUUCUCAUGAUGUGUUGGUUAAACAUCAGGAUAUACUGGACAGUUUUAUAGUUCGUUUUCAUUCUCACCAACCAGGAUCCACCUGGAAACAAAAAUACUGUUCGGUGUAAUCAUGUUGGCAUAUCUUCAGAGUGUAUUUUGUAUAACUUCUCUGUCUCCAUUAUAAGUAGUGAAAUGAUACUCCUAGACAUUAACAGACAUAAAUGAAUAGUGUCUGGGUUACCAUGAAAAAGAAAGCAAAAGAAAUGAGAUGGUGCAGGAAAUCAUGGCUCAUCUCAUUUUAUGUGCAAGCACACUGGGAGGUUUAGUGAGAUAGAGUGGACUACUAACACCUGGAUGAUGUACGAGAAACAGUGUUGUAGUGAAGUCACUAAACCUCAAGUCUGAGUCCAGUCUUGAGUCCCUGGUGUUCAAGUGUGUGUCAAGUCCAAGUCAUUAAAGAAAAUUUUGAGUUGAGUCCAAGAACAA